CACUGCUCUCCUCUGAAUGGUGCGUUACUUGCGCGCUACGCUCCCAGUCAAGACCAAUAGGAAGUUCUGUACGCUAACACGAGUGGAAUAUACAUGAAUUGGAACAGGGGAAACCCACUGGAAGCGCAUCUACAGUAGGGAUACCUGCUCACGAUAUUGGAUAACAAAAAGCACAAUUUCGCCGGCGACUCGAGAACUUAAUGCUGAUAUCUGCUUGAUUUUUUUAGUGAGGGGGUUGGUUUCUAAGUGAACCCGAACAAUUUUUAUUUGUUUACGAAAAACAAUUACUCUACAAAAACUUUUUUAUAUUCAUUUUUCCCUCGUCAAGAACUUGGGGACUAACUUCCAUCCAGCAGACACUGGGAUAUUUCAUGUGGCUGGCCGUUUGACAGAAGCACGCAUUGCUUGGUAAACCAUCGCGGACCUCCUCCAUCUCACCACGAUGUCCAGCCAGGUCCUCUUCGCGUUGUUGAACGUCUUAAUUCUAGCGCGUACUCUCAUGGCCCACGAUUGCACACCAUGUGAACUCCGAACGUGUCCCGUACAACACCCGCAUGGCUGCGAGAGCGGCCGGACCUUAGCCCGGGACCCAUGUGGAUGCUGUGACCAGUGUACUCGGAUGGAGUGGGAACCGUGCGGUGGCCAGGACUGGGUGCUGGGCUACUGCGCGCUGGGGCUCACUUGCGCCUCUUUCAACAGAACUGGAGCUGCGAUGCUGCCUGAGAUCGGAGUUUGUAAAGUGCUUCCAGAGAGCCCGGAGGCCGGCCUUGUGGACGAGCGCUGCCCCCUCAUGACGGGCUGCGACCGGGCCGGGGAGGAGUGUGUGUGCGACGCCCGCCACUCCUGCUUGGGCUCCUUCUCCUACCCAGACCAGGAGAGCUGCAUGAAGGCCAGCAAGACAGAGGGUCGCAGACACGAGCACCGGGACAGACACAGGGAGAGGUUUGUGGGCCCGUCCAACCCGGCCUGCAUGUUCUCUGGCUGCAACCUGACAGCGGAGGGUUGCGAGUGCGAAUCCCGCAGCUGCCACCACCACUUCUCCUACAUCAACCGCAGCCAGUGUCUAGAAGCAGCAGCAGUUCUCAAGUGCUCGGGCGUGACCUGCCCCCCUGUGCCGGCGCCCUCCUGCCCCAAGGGCUCCGUCCUGACCAAGAGCUACACGCCCCCUGCUGGCUGCUGCCCCUCCCUGCCGCCCCAGUGUACCUGUGACCUCGGCACCUGCCCCGCGGCCCGCUGCCCCUCAGGCCAGAGGGCCGUGGUGCCCCGCCCGGCCAGCGGCCUGCCGGGGGACUGCUGCGACGUCUUUGAGUGCCAGAAAGUCACUCCAAAGUGUGCCCACAACGGGAAGGACUUCUCGGAGGGCGAGGUGUACCGCAUGGACCCCUGCUGGCUGUGCCAGUGCCGCGGCGGCAUCUCCUUCUGCUCCAAGGCCGAGUGCGCCGAGCUGGACUGCGAGAACUUCUACAUCCCAGAGGGCGAGUGCUGCCCUAUCUGCAUAGACGUGGAGCUGCUCUCCAUGGACAGCACCAAGGCCAGCUGCUGGGUGAACAACAAGCUGCUGGGCCACGAGGACCAGUGGAAGGAGGACGACUGCACCUUCUGUCAGUGUGUGGACGGGGAGCCCCACUGCACCGCCAUGGCCUGCAAGCAGAGCUGCCAGAACCCAGUCAAGAUCCCCGGGGAGUGCUGCCCCUUCUGCGAAGAACCUUCCUACGAGACGGUGAGCCCGCUGCUCUGCCCCCCGCUGGAGAACUGCUCUCUGUCGGGCCACGACUGCCCCUACGGCUUCCAGCAGGACUCCAACGGCUGCCUGCUCUGCCAGUGCCUCAGCAACGACUCCUGUCCCGACCUUGAGCGCUACUGCUCCCUGCAAUGCACCAUGGGAUACGAGAAGGACGACUACGGCUGCGAGGUGUGCGAGUGCAGCGUCCCCAAGUGCCGACCUCUGACCUGCACUAAAACCUGCCCCUACGGAUAUGUGAGGAACAAGCACGGCUGCGAGAUGUGUCGCUGCGUCAAGUGUCCCCCCUUCACCUGCGACAAGCACUGCAGUGAGGGCUACCGCCAAAACAGGAAGGGCUGCUCCGUCUGCAUGUGCAAAGAGAGCGGACACCGUGGGCCUCCCACCACCACCACCACCACCACCACCACCACCGCCAUGCCGGUGCUCAGCCAGUGCUUCACCUCCAACGGCCAGCGGUACGAGGAGGGCAAGAGCUGGCACGACGGCUGUCGCGACUGCUACUGCCAGUCGGGCCGGGAGAUGUGUGUGCUCAUAUCCUGCCCCGUGCCCAGCUGCGCCAGCCCAGUGGUCAGGCCAGACCAGUGCUGCCCCACCUGUGACGAUGAAUCGGGCAGCGGGCAGCCCGUGGGCAUGGACCUGUGCAGAGCUCCGGGAGGGGAGCUCUACGUGGAAGGAGAGACCUGGAACCUGGACGAAUGCACGCAGUGCACCUGCAGGAAGGGGAGGGUCCUGUGUGACACUGAGGUGUGUCCCCCAGCCCUCUGCCCAUCACCGGCCAAGCCCAAGGGGGCCUGCUGUCACGCCUGCUCAGAGGAGGACGAGGUGAGCUCCCUGUUGCCGGUGAACACCAGCCAGCAGGAGUACUGCAUCACGGGGGAGGGGGACGUGCUGCUGGCCGGCGACUCCUGGAAGCCCAACGCCUGCACCAGCUGCACCUGCACCAACGGCACGGUCGAGUGCUUCUCCCAGCGCUGCCCGGCCGCGCGCUGCAGGGUGCCCGUCCUACGCAAGGGCCAAUGCUGCCCCCACUGCCUGGAAGUGGUGGUGAUGACGACAGCCCCCGCCGCCGAGUCCACUGCGGCCCCCGAGACCCGGGCCCUCACCACGACGCAGAGCGUCCAGUGGAUCACCACCGCCACCACCAGCCAGCCCCCCAUCGUCCCAGUCACAGACGCCCCCCGCUCUGGGGACAACUUCCCCAGCCAGACGGAGAUGGCCCACAUCUACCAGUCGGCGGCCUGGAUACUGGCGGCGCUCCUGCUCAUCAUCAUCGUCUUCAUCAUCGCCGUGCUGCUCCUCAACAGGAAGAAGAAGUGGCUGCAGAUGUCCUGCUACAGUGCACCCAAAAAGACGGUGAUCCUGAAGAAGCACGUGAACAAGAACUCUGUGGUGUACAUGGAGCCCUCCAAGGAGAACAAGUUCCAGAACGUGAAGAACGACUAUGGAAUCGUCAACUUCUCGCCCGAAAGCAGCUCUCCGUGCGGGGAGAGGAUGACCAUUCCCCGGGCCAAGCUCGGCAUGAGCAACGGCCGGGGUCUCCACUAGAGAGGUCGCCCCCCCCGUCCCCAGGCCAGACACCUACACCUUGGAGCGGAGCGAGCUCUCGUUUCCAAGGUGAUUCAUCAAACAAUGCACUGUGGGCUGGCCAUGAAUGCCUCGGGUGGCACCCGCCUGUUUCCUGUAACUGUCUUCCUAUGUGGCAAAGCAGCAGAGGGACCUCCAGAGAAGACCAAACAAGUGACUUCUAUUGCUUCUAUUAUUUUUUUUAUUUUGUACUCCCAAUUCAUUUAAGUCUGGACUUUGAUCAUGGCCAGUGAAGUACGGGAGAAGACAGAAGUUUCAAACUAAAUCGGGGAUGUAUGGAUGUAGCUGGACCAUUGGACACCGCCAACCUUGGCUUUGGUGCAGAGAGAACUGUAUAGGCUGUACAUACCAGAGAUGGCCUUCGACUGGGAACUGAACGUACACACCGUCACUCUUUAUUGCCACCCUGGGAACUGGAACUUUGAGUUGAUGGGGUGACAUGCUGGCAGGAGUGGACAGGCUGUUGGUUCGAGGCAGGUUGAAAGCCUGUUAUGCUGUCUUAAUGCAGCAGUGCUGUGUCAGUAAAAAAAACAAAAACAUAUUCCAAGUUGGAUUCAAUUGAAACAUUCAAGCCUUUACUAUCAGAUGUCGGUAGCUUUACACACCCACACACCCAAAACUCCUGAUUUAGAAUGUGUGGUUUCCAUUGUAGGUUUUUUGUAUAUUUUUACAGUAUUUGUAUUAAUAGUUGUAGUGUUAUGCCUGGCCUCAUGUUUUUACUCUUGGUGUCUCUGUGGUGGCCAGGUUUAAAAAGAAAAACUAAGAAACUGAAAAAAUGUAAUCACCUCCACCCAUUCCGUAAGCCCAGGAAAAGAAACCGAUCCUUUCCACGGAGAAGGGGCAUCUUCCAUUACAUGACGGAUUACAAUAUGCGUGCCCUUCCACUGGGAACACCAUGCCAACAUACACCGGGCCGAGAGAUGCAUUACAUAUCUGAUGUGGUGCGUCGCUCCUGGAAACCUAACUGGAACACGGUAUCUGAUAGCAUUCGCGUUUUCCACAUGGACCGAUUCACCCCCGGGCUGUCAACGGACGCAAUCGAUCCACAACUCCAUGGCAUGUUUUGGAAUGCCAAGAAAAUAAAAAAAAAAGAUGAAAAAGUCUUUUGGGGAUGUGUUUGACGCCAAUCCCUUGUUUUGAUAUCAUUAUCACAUUUAUUUAGACCUGCAUGGAGCUACUGUUUUUGCAGAAUGCUAGAAAGGGUUGUCCCGUCAAACAAAGCUACCAUUCCAUCGCCUUAAUGUUGCUCUUCUUGCCAUCUCAUGUUUUGAUUUGAUUUUUACUUCAGCCAAUAUUAAGAAAUAUAUGACAAACAUAAUAUAUACAUUCAUUACCCAGAUGAACAGAUUGUAUGUGUUGUACAGCAUACAGUUGUCAAUGAUUGUUAUCAACUCCUUAUACAGGCGAGCUACUAGUAAAUUAUAUGAAGUGGGAGCGUCGGAGGGGACGAGGUGUAAAUAAAGUUAUACAUAAAAAAAAACAUUGGAACAUACAUGUUAAAGAGACAUAGCACUUUUAUUAGGAGCCAGUGUUGUUUGUUGUUUAAGGGUUUUUGUUAUGUUGUUUUUCUUUUACAAUGCCCACUGCCGAAUACUAAGGGGAUUAAAGACCUACAUCGAGGAUUUAAUACGUUUAUGAAGCACAUGUAGUUAUCAAACCACUCCAGUCCCCGACAUUGUUGCACCACAGUCGGGGAUUCAAACCCAAUCAGAGGGAGGGGGAGGGGAAGUGAAAGAGAGAGGCAGGGUCUGUGUGAAGCAUUACAACAUCACAUCCAGGGUUUUACAGGAGAACUUGCAUUCAGUUUCCGCUUUGAUUUCCUGUUUCUCAAUGCAAGACCGCUGCACUGCCAAAAGAAUGGCAGGCCAUUUACAGCGAUGUUCUGUCUGGGUUUUUCGGUAGGUCUGUCCGUUUCAAAUCAUAACCAUGUGCUUUAAAAUGAAGAAAUGAGUUUGUUCAACUUAACGCAGUUCUCUGUUCUUCUAUGUGUUUAAAAGAGGAUAGUUUAAAAUAGUGGGAGAGAAGAUCUUAUUUAUUUUUUCACAUAGCUUUAUUUAUUAAUACUAAACUAUAGUUUAAGUUGUUUUUUUUUUUCUUUAUCUUUUUGAAAAGACAAAAAUAAUUUUGGUAGCCAAAGCUGCUGUACAUUUUAGACAUCGUAAAAAAAAACAUUUACCAUUUCUAUCUACUAUACCCUGUACAAGCUUUAUUUAUUUCACCGGUGAAAACUCUGUACAUAUGUUUCCUAGAUGCUGAACUGUAACAUUUACACCUAUUUUGAAAAUAAAUAAAACGUGUGAUACAAAGUG